GACUUAUCAAAGAUUAUUUGGAGAUCACAAAUGCAUGAAUGAAUCAGUUUUUGUAGUGAAAUUUGUGAUGAAACAUAUCUAAAUGGGAAUAAAAAGAGGAGACAUCGAAAUGGGGAGGCUGCAACCACUAUUGGGUCCACAAAAUCCAACAUCUGAAAGUCUCAUACAUACUGAAGCCGAGCAACUCUUGAAUGCUGUGAUAAAUAACGAAAUCGAAAAAAUUGCGGCCAUACUCAAAAACGCAUCAUCCGAAACCCUAAGAAGUUUGCUAAAUGAAAAGUUCUGUUCUCAUAAUGAAAAAUCCAUCGUACUCAUAGCAUGUGAUAAGGAUGAAGUAACUAAAGAAACGGUUUCAGCUCUAUAUUCCUACUUUGCAUGUAUACUCAGUUCAGAUGACUGUAUAGACGAUAAGAGAUUCGGUUGGGAGCCUAUUCACUAUGUGGCCAAAAACGCAGAUCCAGAAAAACUGGAGGUUUUAUUGAAGUAUGUGAGCAUCAACUCUCAUACUUAUUUCUCAGAAAACGCGUUGCAUGUAUUACUUCAAUACGGGAAAUCUUCAGCUACGUUGAAAGUCAACUUGUUCAACGGCACAUACUCAAAAUCUUGUACAAUAAUUUCUGAAGAAAAGGAAAAUAUCGUAAAAUGUUCUAAGUUGCUCAUAGAGAAAGGAAUUGACAUUAACCACGCCAACUUUUGGGGCGAAACCCCAAUUUGCUUAGCACUAAAAUACAGGUACCUGAAUGUUACCCAAGACUUACUGAAAAAUACGAAUAUAGACUUGGAUAAUUAUUAUAUUUCCGGGCGAACUAUUAGAGAAUACUUGAGACAAAAUAAUUUUUCCAUCAGCUCACUGCCAUCAUCUUCAUUCAAUGCCAUCGAAGACACUACCACUGUUCUCUUCAACUUUUUAAAAUCUGGUGAUGAAGAGGGUUUUAUAAGAUAUGCUAAUGAAGUGAAAACGUAUUGUGGUGACUUAUCUUCAUGUAACCUGUCGCAAUCUGGAACUAUGCUGGAGCUAUGUCUAAGAAAAGGGUUCCUAGAGUGUAUACAAAACGGAUGUUAUGAUGUGGAAUACAAGGAACUUGAUAUAAGGAAAAGUCCAAUGUUGAAAACAUUCUGCAAAAAAGGAAUGAGCAGGUGUAUUGACUACCUGUUGGAAAACGGAGCAGAUCCAAUGGUAGCCUCAAAGAAAUUCCCAGAACCACCUCUAGUAUAUGCAGCUCGAAGAGGAUAUUAUCCAUACGUCGCUGCAGUAAUCUGCCAUAAAAAUAGUAGAAUUGAAACUGAUCAAGUAUUAUCUGUUCUGAAACUCCUUGAGAAGAAACGCGCGUGCGAUGUAAUGGUUAACACAGUGAAUGGAUCAUUCUAUAGGAAGUGUUCUCUAUACUUAUUAUUGAACAAACUGAUCUCUACAUUUGAUCGAAUAAAAGAAAACUUAACAGAAGGUAAAAUGGAAAUUUUAAGGAAAACCGUGCAUCAAUUGGAUUUAGAAUCGGAUAACAAAAGCAUCGAUACUGAAUUGGUUUGUCAAUUAUUACACUUGGGUGUUGGCUUAACAGAAACUAUAUGUAAGUCAAAUUCUGCUGGAGCUGAAAUCAAAGGCACUGGGAUAAAUCAAGUAGUUGUUAGUUCACAGUACGAGAAAAAAGAAAACAUGCUUGUAGAUUUACUCGACAUCAAUAAUUUGAGAGAACAUUUAGACGACUGUAUUGAAAACAACUGGUUACACUACAACAGCAUUAUCCAGGAUUCCCACAAUGAAUAUAAUGAAACAAAAACCAUUAGUUUCUUAGCAAACGAUAAAAUCAAGAAACAACUUCUAGUUCACCCCCUCUUCAUUUACUUCAUCAGCAAAAAAUGGCAAAGAGUUGCAUGGGUUUUUUACCUCGAUUUGUUCUUUUAUUCCAUCUUCCUGUUGAGUAUCUGUGCAUAUAUGAUUUGUUUGCACACGCAACUUACUAAUGUAUUUUUGAAUGUCUUUUUUCCAUUAUCUUUGAUGAUCCAUAUCAUUAAAGAAACCUGUCAACUCAUAUUUCUUUAUCACUGGAAAUAUUUCAAAGACUCGUCGAAUCUUCUGGAAGUGACUGUAAUAUUAAGCUGCACCGUGAGUUACAUUUAUCCCAAUAUCUACAGUAUGACUGUAGCUAUACUUUUUGCGACUUCGAUCUUGUUCAUUAUGCUUGGACAGUUACCUAUUUUUGCUAAAUAUACAAUCAUAUUCGGGUCAGCGAAAUAUUUCAUCGAAUAUACUGGAUUUUACUUCAUUCAGUUUUUAUCCUUCUCCAUUUGUUUUUAUAUUAUAUUUCCAUUCAAUGUGAACCCAAGUGAAUCUAGUACACAAAAAAAUAUAACUGAUGUCGAGGAAGUUGUUGGAGACCUUUUCAAAAGCUUAUUUUACACUCUGAUUCAUUUCACAGGGGAUUUUGGUGACAGAGUUCUGGAGCCAACGGAAUAUCCCGUUUUUGGUAGAGUAUUCAUGACAAUAUUCAUUUUUUGCAUGACCAUCAUUCUGAAUAAUUUGUUAGUUGGACUAAUCGUAACAGAUAUGGAUGACAUACAAAAUAGCGGACGACUGUACAAACAAGUGAAAAUAGCAAACUUUAUAAAAACAACUGACAUUUUCGUUAAACGUAUACAUGAAUGGAAAUGGAUGGAUUGUAUAAAACGUAUCAUAAGACGCGUAAGUCUUUUCAAAAAAAAUCAAACCAAAAACUUGCCUCUCAAAGAUUCUGAAAUUUAUGAAAUAUUCGACGAGGAAACUAAAGAAUAUUUGAAAAACCUGAAAAGCAAAAAACAACGAAUUUUCGACAGAAAUGUAUUGAAGGAUUGUCACGAUCUUAUAAUGAAAAAUGAUUAUAAUUCUUCCAAACAAAAAAAAUAAAUAAAACGUGUCGGAAACUUUCGAUCUUCGUUGAUGAAUAGGGUGACUGCAUGAACUGUGGGGAGAGGAACUUUUUUAUGCACAACAUUUUGAACACAAUAACAAAUGAAUACUGUACAGAGUGUAUACUGUUGAAACUUAAAAAUCUAUCUCAACAGAUGAAUGUUAUUUGACACGUAGGAUUUAUGCUAUAAUUUUAUUUUUAUUUUUGCAGCAUUAUUUUACUUUCGAUAUCUUUUAAUUUUAUUGUAAAUACAAGAGCCGUUUUAGGAUUACCUUCUAUGUACAAUAAAACUUCAAUUAUAUAUAGUCGCUGUUUUUUGUU